AUGGAAUUUAGGCGAGGAGAUCCGCAGACAAAAUCUCUUCUGUCAAAAGUGAAGUUGGAAACUGAAGAUACAAAAAUGAAUCGAUCGACAAGUGUGUCGACUAUAUCGGAGCAGCAGAUAGAUAACAAACUGUCAGGUUGCAACUUAGCAAACUGCCAUCUCCUUGGUGACGUAUGUCAUUCUAAAAACUACGACACGUUUGAUGAAGAUCAGCCUAAUGCUCAGUAUGGGAUCGAUACCGAGUGCUUAACUACUGACCCUGCUUGCGAUGACGAACACCUUUCCUAUGCACAUGCAAAUGAUGCACAAUUGAAUAAAAUUGAUCAAAAUGUUGCGGCCAACGAAUGCUUGCAUCCAUUCUUGACAGCUGACGCUCAAAAGUGGCAGCACGCAAUGACCAAUCCUUGGCGAGCUCAACCUGUAGGUGAUCAUCGUACGUUCCGAGAGAAACAUCAACUACCAGCUAUCUGUAGUCGCAAGAACCAAUGCCUGACAACUCGUGAGAAAUACAAGACACAGCGGGCAAGCAUGACUGGAUCUGCUCCAGCUUCAAUAAACUCGCUUUUAUCAGUAUCGAAGCUGCUGGAUGUUGGCGAGGAGACACACUAUCUGUCUACUACUCAAAGUGAUUCGAAUUUACAUGCUCCACGCCGUCAAGAAAUACUUCAUUCACAAGCGCUCAAAUAUUUUGAGUUCGAAUCUGAGAGUGAUAUACAGUUCCACGAGUUUGUGGUCUCCAAGGCUUCAGAUGCUAUCAGUGCUAUGGACAAUAGCGAUGGUUAUGCAGAUAGCAGUCGUGUUGUGUCCCACCUUAACUUGUCGCUCGCGAGCAAGUUCCAAGAACUAAAGUGUAAAAUGAAGUCUCAUGGAGAGAAACACAUUCCGGUUCAACGAAGUAGUAAUAAGCCUACUACUGAGGGCUUAACCACGGCUUCGUCGCCAUCGACAGUCCAUCCAAAAGUUUUGACGCACAUUAAGCAGGUCCGUGAAACCAAAGCAUACGACUUUUCGCGCAGUCGAAGCAGCGCAAAAUUCAAGACUAAAGGUGUAUCAAAAAAGCGCGUAAUUCUAGUCGCAGGUUCUACGGCAGGUACGAAGCAGCUUUUGUCACCGAACGUGUCAAGAGCUGCGUGCUCGAAAAAGUCUGCCACUACUGUAGCGCAUCAACUUCGAUCAAAAAAUAGAAACGGUGUCUCUCUCUCAGAUCUGAAAGCUGAACAUAAGGAGGCAUUACAAUUGCUUCAGGAACUUGGUGGACCAAUGGAUUCUGACUACCUGUUAAUACAUGAAGACUGUGCACAUCCAGCUCUAGAACGUCGAGUGGGACGUGAUUUGAUGGGAUUAGGUUGGUGA